AUGAUUGAAGAUUUUCCUAUAUGGCUUGGAGGACUUGGAUUAGGAUAUUUAUCACAUUUAUUCAGAGGAAAAAAAUGGCAAGAAAUCAUAAAAAUGAAUUAUAAAGAUUUAGAACAAUUAGGUGUUUUAUCAUUUCGGAAUAGAGCAACAUUAAUAAGAAAUUUUUUGAUUGUCAGGCGGCAGCUUGCUGGACAAAAAAUCGAACUUCCAAAUAAUAUCGAGAAAAAAAAUUUCGAGAAAGAAAAAAAACUAAAAUAUUUACAGUUUUAUAAAGAAAAUUAUGUUGAUGUUAAUUUUAAGUUAUUAGAAGAUUUCCCAGCAUGGUUAAAUGGCAUAAAAUUGGCACAUAUUUCGAAUUUGUUUGAAGGUAAGGAAUGGUAUGAAAUCAUAGAGAUGACUAAAGAAGAUUUAAAAAAUUUGGGUGUCACUACUUCAAAUGCAAGAAAUAAGUUAGUUGCUAAUUUUUGGCACAUUAAACGAGAACUGGUAUGUUAUCGUUUAUGUUAA